AUGAGCGCUGAUUCAUCCGACUCAUCGAGGCAGUCAGACUCUCUCGACCGCUUGGACGAUGCCGACAGAAAUCACGUCCGCAACAAGGUCCUCUCGCUACGUUCAAAGAGGAGAGCCGAAAUAAACCUUUCGACAAGACUCAUCGCAAACGACACCCUAGGUUCGGAUCGAUUGACAUGGGUUGGUGUCGACGACGAUCUCGAGCACCUUUCAUCGUCUGCCUUCUCCUCUUGUUCCUUGUCUUCUCCCUCCAAGCCAUCCAACUCCAGCGAGUAUCGCAACAGCGGCGAUGACGACGACGACGACGCGGACAGCACAAUUCUAGGCCAUUACAUUCAAGCUUUACCAGUUCCGCCAAAUAGUCGCCCCUCUCUCACGCCCAAGCAAAUGCAUCCGCGCUCCUCAUUUGCAUCUGAAGAGACGUAUAUCAGCUCGCACGAGUCCAGCUCACAAAUGAGCUGCAUGGCAGACGAUGACGACGUCGAUUCGCACAGCUUACAUACCACCACAGCCACCGAUAGCUCCUCUCCAGCGCCCUCACGGCGCGCUUCCAGCGCGCGUACUAGUAUUGCUUCACAUCGAAUAUCCGAGCAAGUCAGCUGCAAGGAUCUCGCAGUCACAGCUCUCCCUGUGCAAGCUUCAUCACAGCCGCUUGGUCCACCUCCCGACAUGCCACUCCCGCCCAAGCCGCUUUGUUCGCCUCGUAUUCGAAGUCCAAGCGCUAAGUGGAGAGAGUGUCGGCCAUCUCGCACACCUAGUCGCGCGUCUGCGCUCACAGCUGCUUCCUUUCGAUCUUCCAUCAGCGCUCGGUCUAAUGCCAAGAGCACCGAAUCGAGUCUCGCUUCCCCUCGUCUGAUACCCACUUCCAGCCAGCGCAACGACCAGUCCGAUGGCUCUGACGACGAAAUCAGCGGCAUCCGAAACAUUUGCCAACAGUUUCCGUCUCCUUUCUCUUCUAAGGAGGUACUGUCUCCAGCCACCUCCCGCCUGCUAGAGCAAAGCGACUCAAGGCUUGGUGACCAGGCCUUGCCAGCGUCAGUCUUCUCCGCUACGCCAUCGCAGUGGCAUAAUCCAACUUUAAAACCAUGCCAACCUUCAAACACAAUGGCAAAAAGCACGAUGAACUCGUACCCGGACUCCGAGACACCGCACGUCCACGAUGACAGAUCGAGCUCUACCAAAGGCCAAAGGGGCAGCGAGGGGGUGUUUUCAGAGAUCCUCUGUCUAACCGACAGCACCGACACUCUCGCGAACAGCCAACGAAUGUAUCGACCCCCUUAUGGCUCCAACGUAAGCGUAGCUAAAGUCGGUCUCGGCGCCUAUACGCUUUCUCGUUACGAUUCGCAACAUUCGCAGCUUUCUGCAAGUAAAACGAAGCAGACCGCUCCACACGCAAAGUUAAGUCAACCUAUGACGACGCGAGGGGUGCAAAACGAGCGUAAGCAAAUGGCCAAAACCAAAACACGUGAAACAAGAAUUCAUCACCAGCGGAGCGAUACCCUGUCUCGGAGUAUGAGCGAGCUCAUGGUGGCUCUCGAUCUUGAAGCAAACGAGUGGGGACAGCGCUUGAGCAAGUCCGAAAACACCGGUUCUUGCAACGAGCAGCAGACCGAAAUUGCACAGGCCCAAGCAUCUCAAGCGAUCCCUGCCAUGCGUCAUGCUGCCCUCUCUCACAGUGAUAGCAGCCAAAGUUCAGAGCAGCUGGACCUCGUAGCCUCUGAUUCGUUGCCAUCAUUGAGCUCUUCUGGAUCGCAAGCAAUCUCGCUCGAUGACUCGCAUGGCCCAGCAACUGCUGAAUCAUCGCUCACACGACCCAACACCGCAACGAGCUCGGCAUCAUAUGACGGCGAGGCUGACGCCACUGACGAAAGCCGCACCAGCACCGACCUUCGUUCUAUCUACGAAGCAUACAGACUCUCCUCAAGCACGAUGGCUUCGCAUCUCACGGCGCCCGUUGUCCGCAUCGAGGAUCCUGAGGGUGACCAGGUCGCAGAUUCCGAGCUCGAUGGCAACUCGUCCUCGGACGACAUGCCUAGAAAGCGCAACAAGUCGAGUCGCAAGAAAAGCCUCGGCUUCGAGGACCAGCGAGCUGCGUUGCGAUCCCGUCCUUUCUCGCCGCAUCGCUCUGCGUCUCUUUCUUCCAAACCGAGCCAGGCUUUCCGCUCAACGCUGUUACCUACACAGGAGGAGAUGGCGGCAUCGCAUGACGAUCCUCCCAGCGCGGCGGCUAACACAGAUGCUGAUCCCUACGCUUUCUAUGAGUUUUCGCCCAGCUUGCCACCUUUCAUGCCAGCCGGAGUGUCGCCACGUGAUCUGACUGGCAGAGGCACAUGGUCGAGCAUCGUGGCUCGUGCAUCCGAGACUAUGCGCCGCCAGCCCUCGAUAACGUCGAUAGAUUCAUUCGCCACCGCUGGCUCUGGUCCCGUCUCUCUGAGGGAGAUUCGUGCCGUUGUCCAGGCCAAACAAAAACAUGCCGAUGCCGCUCAUCGCGCUCGUGAGCAAAUGUCGGAUCAAUUUGCGACUAUGAGCUAUCGGCCUUUCGCCAUUCACCAACACGCGGCUUCUUUCGCCAAUCAGGCGGUCGCAUGGGAGGGUCAACGCUCCUCGGUCUCUUCGAUCGCGGGUGCUAGCAGCCUUUGUGAAGGCAUGACGUCUGGCCGCAGCUCAUCGAUCAGCUGUCCUGCAUAUGCGGAGUCGAUGGCUCCUAGCGUUGCUGAUUACGGCACACGUUGGCCGGUUGCUGUUGGGGCUGAUCAGGGCGUCGGGCCCGACGAUGUUUCUUCUAUCCUCAGCACCAAGUCGUUCUGGCUGUCGAGGCGUCCUUCAGCUAGUCAACCUCCGGCAAAGGUGUACGUUGAAUUUUGCAUGCAAACAUCGCCUCAGCCGUCGCCCACCGAGUCGCUUUAUCCACCUCUCGAUUCGCUCACUGUCGACGACGGAGUGUCUCGAGCGGAUGCACAGGUUGGAAGCGACGUUCAAGAAGACCAUGUUGUCCAGCAUGACCGCGAAUUGGACAACUUGGCCACUGACGCUCCUCUGCAGCGUCGCAAGAGCAUAGCGUCGCAUGUUAGCAUGCAUAAUCUGGACUUUAAACUGGAUCAGCCUGGUCUGUGGCCUUCGCGCAUUCGAGCACCACGCCUGUCGUCGACCCCGCGAAGGGGGAGUGAAGCGCGUCACAAAGGCACAACAUCACAUGGUGGAGAGGUGGACAGCGACGAAGAGUCAGAACUGGACGUCCAUGCUGAGCUUGAGGACCUCGCAGAGCGCUCAGGAGUGUUGGAUGCUUCACGAGGAUUCAAACGUAAGCUUCACACCUCUGCAGCGAGCGUUGACAAGACCAGCACCGACAAUGACAGCAAUCAACGUCCGAUCGCUUCCAUCCCGGCCAGAUCACGCCGCAUCUCGGCGGCUUUGAGCCGUAUACGCUCUCAACGUGCUUCACGCAGCGCGGGCUGGACCAGCUCGGACGAUGAGCUUGACGAGGCAAACACAGCAGCACCGAAGACACCACACAGGAUAGCGGCAUCUGGUCGGCCUUCUCUGCCAGGAAGCGUUCCCGCCAAAGACAGAUGCAGCACCGUGCCUCUGCGUAGAUCAAAGUCGAUGGCAUCGAUGAGAGCUAUGAAGCGCCAUGAUUCGUCUCGGAACAUGCUUCGAGCUCGAUCUCCCAGCCCCGAUCUCAGCGCCUUGACGCAUCCGAGCGACGAUGAAGAGGUGCUUCUCACCGCAGAUUUUGACAUGGACGCGACUGGGCAUUUUUGCGCAACAAUCUUGGAUGAGGAGUUCGACAUGAUGGUUGGCCAGACGAUUACGACACGCUUCUCUGGAUCAGGCAAGGCAAACAGUCAGCCCAAAACUCAAAAUGGCAUAAGCGAAGCAGCAGACACGCAGGGCACACGCGCCACCGCCAAGAAGAGCAGUUACCCCGUCGAUGAUGACGUUCUUUCCGGCACUGAGGACAGCAAGGACUCGCAGCAGACGGUACAGAUGCACGCACGCUCAAGAACGAGCUCGAUGAGCAGUGUGAUUGAAAUGAUCCAGGAAGCCGAUGAAUUGCUUUCAUCAAACGGACACUCGAUCGGACACAGCUCGAGCCACGACACCAACGUCAGCGACUCGGGCGGAACCAGUGGCCAUGAUCCUCAGAGACCGAACCAGGUGGUAGCCGAAAUUCUGCGAAGUCGCAUGUCGAUGAGGUCAAGAGGCCUUCCGACUCCAAUUACGCUUGCAACCGCGCGUUCAGUGCACUCGGCUAGCAUUGCGACCAACACGGAAAAACCUGCGGCAGAAGAGACCAAGGUCGGUGCGGAUCUCGAGGACGAGGCUCCGUCGCCAAAUUUGCAAGACACGCCAGACACCAUGGCCGGGUCCGAAAUUUGGAGCGCUUUUCACGCGGAUCGAUCGAGUACGGCUUCGACCGCCACAACGUGGUCGAACCGUAGCAUUGAUCUGGCCCAGCCUGCGACGCGAACAAGCUUGCCAACAGUCGAUGUGGUCAAGGAGGAGGAGAGUGGAUCGCAUUCCCGCAUUGCAACGGACGAUACGCGUCUGACAGAGAAGCAAGGUGCAGCGGACGCAAGUGCGAGUAAAAUGAGCCCGCACCUGCGCAGGAAGAGCAGCUGCCUUCCUGUAGCUCGGCCCACAAACCAAAAGCAAUCACGACCAUCGCUUCCUCUUGCUCCCAAGUCGAGCUCUCUGGCGGCAUCAGUGGCCAGUACGAAGACGAUGAACAAAGCCGCCGUGCCCUCCACCGCGGCGAUGCGACGGUACCAAAGCGUGUCAGGCCUUCAAGCGCGCGCUGCAGACGUCGAGAGGAGCAACGUGGAAUCCCAGCGUCUGGUCGCAAGCCAAGGCGCAAGCGCCACAGCGCAUCCAAGUGGCGGCUGCCUCAGAACGCCGUCCAAGCCAAUUCGCGGCGUUGUGAGAGAAGGUGUGACGCCGUCCAAAUUACCGAGCCUGAGAUCCGCGGCGAGCACGUCUUCAUUGAGAUCACGAGCAGCGGUUCAGAAAGAACCUUCACCACGGACACUCACUUCGAGGCUGCGAACUCCGAACGCACCUGGACGAAGCCAACUGCCGUGCCUGGUCGCCGUACGCGCAAGUGGUCUGUCACGACCCGCUUCAGCAUCGACCAACUAG